AUGCUUAACAAAUUUUGGCACACCAAAGGUCCGAGUGUGCAAGAGGGGGAAGAAAAAGAAGAAGAAUAUCAAGAUGUGUUUGAGGGAGUUGAGAUGAAUGGUGAAAAUAAGCCUGAAGUGAAGCAUGAGGUCCGCGAAACUAACAGUUCCAUUGAAUCAGAAAAAGUGGAUGGCGACUUUGGAAAUACUACAAAUUAUUACUCUGAUAAACCAGAAAUUGGUGUAGUUGAAACUAUAAUCUCACCAUCAGGUAAAGUGAGUGAUGAACAAUGGACUGUCCUUUUGAAAAAGGCAGGGUUUGAUAAUCCUGAUAACAUAACUGACAUUCCUGCUGAUUUGAAAUAUGUGGCUAGUCAAAUUGUUAACAUGUCAUUAGAAGAAGCAGCUGAAGUUUUAAAAUUAGGCGCCGAAUACCAUGCAGAUGAUCCUAAUUUGUCUAGUGAUGAAUACAACGAUUUUGUUAAACUCUCAGAGCUCAAUCCCGUUACUUUACAUCCUUUUGAAGAAGAUGCUCUAGAGUUAAAAGCUGUUGCAGGAUUACUUCAUUUCCACUCACCUUAUAAAGCAGUCAGAGCUUGUGUUAGUCCCCAAGAUGAUUAUGAGAGUCCAGUGGAAACCUUUAGGUCUUAUUUUCUAGCAUUAGUUUGGGCCAUUAUUGGAUCUGGUUUCAACGAAUUUUUUGCCCAUAGAUUAAUGGUUAUUACAAUUUCUUCGUCUAUGGUUCAAUUGUUACUUUUCCCCAUGGGUAGUCUUUGGGCCAAAAUUAUGCCAUAUUGGUCUUUUCCAAUUUGGAAAGGUAAGAGAAUUCACCUCAAUAUUCCACAACCUUGGUCACAAAAGGAACAAAUGUUUUCUACAGUUUUAUUUUCGAUUGCGGUUAGCUCUUUUUACAUGGACAGUGUUAUUUUAACCCUGAAAAUGUUUUACAAGGAAAAAGUAAGUUUUGGUUAUCAAUUUUUCACUUCAAUAGCGGUUCAGUUUUUAGGUUUUGGAUUUGCGGGCUCAUUACGUCGUUUCGUUAUUUACCCAUCACAUGCCAUCUGGCCGAGUCAAUUACAAACUAUGGCAUUGAACAAAGCAUUGUUCAGUAAAAAAACUGAAAAGGGUGGUCGUGGUUUAACCAGUCAAACUUUUUUCUACAUCUGUGUCGCAUUUACUUUUUUUUACGAAUGGUUACCAACAUAUCUAUUCCAGAUAUUAAGCACAUUCAACUGGAUGACUUGGAUUAAACCUGAUAAUUUCAAUUUGGCAAUGGUAACGGGAUCUAUGGGUGGUGUUGGUAUAAAUCCAAUUGCAUCAUUUGAUUGGAAUGUGAUUAACUAUUACAGUGCUCUGGUCACGCCUCUUUUUUCAUAUGCUAAUCAAAUGGCAGGUGGUUUGAUAGCGGCUAUUUGCGUCUUAGCGAUCUAUUAUUCUAACCAAUUCGACUGUCAAUAUUUACCCAUGUUUUCCAAUGCACUAUUCACUAAUACAGGAACAGAAUACGAUGUCACAAGUAUUAUUAACAGUAAAGCUGAAGUCGAUGUUAACAAAUAUCAAAAUUAUUCACCCCCAUAUUAUAGUGCUGGUAACUUAUUCUGUUAUGGUGUCUUCAUUGCCUCUUAUCCACUACUAUUUGCCUAUUCAUUCCUUACCCAAUGGAAAGUUCUAUUGAGGGCUUUUAAAGAUUGGGCAAGUGCAAUUUGGUCUUUAACCAAGAAACAUACUUGGUUAUAUUCUUGGAGAGAAAGUUCACAUGCAUUAGAAGAAUUUCAUGAUCCUCAUUCAAGAAUGAUGCGCCGUUACAAUGAAGUCCCCGAUUGGUGGUACUACAUUGUCUUAAUCCUAUCAAUCGUUAUUGGAAUUGCUGCACUUGAAGGGUACCAUACAAACACCCCGAUUUGGUCACUUUUCAUGGCAGUUGGAUUAAACGCAGUAUUCUUGAUCCCAAUUACCAUCUUAGAAGCUACCACUGCAUUGCAAUUAGGUUUGAACGUUUUGAUCGAAAUCAUUAUGGGUUAUGCGUUACCUGGUAACCCACAAGCAUUAAUGCUUAUCAAGGCAUUUGGUUACAACAUUGAUGGUCAAGCCGAUUCUUAUGUUGGUAAUCUAAAACUAGGUCAUUACUCUAAAAUUCCUCCAAUGGCGUUGUUUAGAGGCCAAAUGUUUAUGGUUUUAAUACAAACUCUGGUUUCCCUAGGUGUUCUAAACUGGUCAAUCAGUAACAUUAAAGAUUACUGUCAACCAAACCAAGAAUCGAAAUUCACUUGUCCAGAUGCUAUCACUUACUACAAUGCAUCUGUCCUCUGGGGUGCUAUUGGUCCCAAACGUAUUUUUGAAGGUGUUUACCCUAUUUUGAAAUGGUGUUGGCUAAUCGGAGCUAUCAUCGGGAUCGGAUUGGGUCUGUGGAAACUACUGAUCCCCCGUUUCUAUCCCCUCUGGUUUAAUCCAUUAUUAGUCGUUGGCGGUAUGCUAAACAUGGCACCACCGUACAAUCUAACAUAUAUGACUCCGGGUGCCAUUGCCAAUUUUUUCUCACAAUUUUACAUGCGCAAGUAUCACCUAAGAAUAUGGCAAAAAUAUAACUAUGUCUUAGUGGCAGGUUUCCAAACAGGCUUAGUCAUAUCUUCAAUUAUUAUAUUCUUUUCUGUCCAGUACAAAGAAAAACCUAUCAGUUGGUGGGGCAAUGACGUUAUUAACAACGGUCUUGAUGCUGCAGGUCCGCCGAAGAAAAACGUUUCACUAACUCCGAGAGGUUAUUUUGGUCCAGAAUACGGCCAUUUUCCGUGA